CUUUCUGAUCUUAGAUCUCGUCUGACACUAUUUUUAAGAUCCUCUGCCAUAAAGCUCCAAACCCUUCUCUUAUCCAUUGCUCUCUUUGGUCACUGAGAUCAUAGACCAACUCUGCCAUAUUGAAUCUUUAUGUGCUUUUACAGCUAAAUCUGUUUCUCAAAUAUGGCAAACUUCUGAGCUCCAAACGUAUUCAACUCAGAUUCAAGGUAUAGAGUACUAGCACGCCUUCAUAUUCUUUGUACUUGCAUGAAAACUAUUUGGUUUCACUUUCCAAGGGUAUAUAUAUAUAUAUAUAUAUAAAUUCAGGAACUGAGGUCUUGUGCUAGAGCCAAAAUCAAGAAAAACUUGAUAUUUGUUCAAUUUUUGGAUCAUUUGUGCUGUUGAUGUGAAGCAUAAGCUUUUGUAACAUAAAGGGGUACCAAAAUAUGGUUAGAUCCUGUUGGAAACCAAUUGCAGAUGGUGACGAAGGAGAUGGAAGCGGGAGAGUUGAUGGAUUGCUAUGGUACAAGGACUUAGGGAGCCAUCUUUAUGGGGAAUUCUCAAUGGCUGUGGUUCAGGCCAAUAGUUCAUUAGAGGAUCGAAGUGAACUUGAAUCUGGACCCUUGAGUUCCAACCACUUGGGUCCUCAAGGAACCUUUAUAGGUGUAUAUGAUGGCCAUGGUGGAAGCGAGGCCUCACAGUUUGUCAGUGACAAUCUUUUCUGCAAUCUCAAAAAGCUUGCAGCUGAACAUCAAGGUGUGUCAGAAAAUGUUAUCAAAAGGGCAUAUUCAGCAACUGAAGAGGGUUUUCUGUCUCUUGUGAAGAAACAGUGGCUGAUUAAGCCACAGAUUGCAUCCACUGGUACUUGUUGUUUGGUGGGGGUAAUUUGCGAUGGCAUGAUCUAUAUUGCAAAUUCUGGAGACUCCCGAGUGGUGUUAGGAAGAUUGGAGAGAGCAACAAGGGAAAUAGAAGCUAUACAAUUAUCUAAAGAACACAAUGUUAACCAAGAAGGAGUGAGAGAUGAACUUCGGUCAAAGCACCCUUUUGAUUCACAAAUCGUGGUUAUGAGACAGAACGUUUGGCGUGUGAAAGGCCUCAUACAGGUUUCACGAUCCAUAGGUGAUGCAUAUCUGAAGAAAGCAGAAUUUAACAGGGAGCCUCUACCAAUGAAGUUUAGACUACCAGAAACAUUCUUCAAGCCAAUUCUUAGCUCUGAGCCAUCAACAUCAUUGCACAAACUCCACCCCGAUGAUCAAUUUCUCAUAUUUGCUUCUGAUGGUUUAUGGGAGCAUCUUAGCAACCAAGAGGCUGUUAACAUAGUCAGCAAUAACCCACCUAAUGGAAUUGCUAGGCGACUUGUGAAAGCAGCACUAAGAGAAGCUGCUAAGAAGAGUGAAAUGAGACUUGCUGACCUCCAAAAGAUUGAACAAGGGAUGAGGAGACACUUCCAUGAUGACAUAACAGUGAUUGUUGUGUUCAUAAAUUCCAAAAUUACUGAUAACAGCUCUUUCUGUGGUUCUCCUCUUUCAAUCAAGGGAGGUGGGUCUGCCAAUUCCUAGCUGAUCAUACAAAAAUAACAACAUAUAUAUAUAAAUAUAUAUAUGUAUGUAUGUGUAGAUGAAUGUGAAGCAAUUAUCACUAUAACCUAGCAAAAUUUAGAUGUAUCAUGAUGAUCUUUCCCUAUCGUGUUUCUGUUUAUGAUAUGGUUAACAUGAACGUAUAUUUUAUAUAU